ACAGUUGCUUUUCGAAGCAAGCGUUUAUGGGAUAUGUAGUUUUAAAAGGCUAACGGCUUAAUAUAGAAAUCAACGCGCUCGUGUAUGAAAGAACUACAACCCCCAGAGCUGCAGAAUGAUAAGGAAGCAUCUUCGACAGCACGGAUUGGUUCAACUUGCGGCGCUGCGGUUAAAGGGAUUUUUUUUGUACGUAAAAGACAAGUUCGACAAACUUUAUAUUAAAAAAAACAACUUGUUGAACAUUUUUGGGAGUUUCGGAAGCGGGUGCAGUUUUCAAUGAAGACUCCAAGCGAUGAGGUACAAGAAGAAUUGGAUGAAUAUCAAAGGGAGUUGAGAGAUCGUGCCAGUAGAAGUUUACAGCGGCUCUGUAAUGUUUUGAAAGAGAAGCCUAUUGCUGAAAAAGCUGUCUCUUCAGAAAACACAGAAGAAAUGACUCACAGCAGCCCUGAGGUUACAGUGGGUAGGCAAGAAACAGAGCUGGAAAGGUCCUGGUGUGAACUAAAGCAGAGUGAUGCAGUUAAUCAACUACGAUUAUUAAUCCGUCAAAAAGAGAAAGAAGCAAAGUUUGCAACUUCAUCAAGUAGACAAAAAACAACAAAAAUGAAAGAUGCAAAAUCACACAGUGCUGAUGUGCCAGCUGUUGAAGAUGUCAUCCCCAUUAUUCACAGCCAGUCUCAAUACAUCCAGCAUCUGGAGGCAGAAGUUAGGUUCUGCAAGACGGAGCUGUCUGACAUGAAACAACGUAUAAUGGUUGUAGUUCGCGAAGAGCUCAAGUCAAAGCCAACUGAAGAUGUUCUAAAAGAUUCCACUAUUACCAACCAUGAAUCCAAGAUUAUACAGAAUAAUGUGCCAGUGACUUCUGAAUCAAAGCAUGCAUAUAUCAGCCAGUCCCCGCAAGCAAUAAGCAGCACUGCAGAAUUCACAAAAUGGCAAAUGGAACUGGAGAAGCUAAACUUGCUUUACCAAGCUAAAACAGAAGUAUAUGAAGCACAGGUGAUAUCGUUAAGGAAAGAUUUAGCCAUUUCUCAAAAAGACUGUGAAGAUCUUAAAGGAAGAUUAAGGCAUCAGGAAUCACGUAAUUCCCUGUCUAAUGGAAGACUUGUCAGUGGCUUAUGUGUGAAGUGUGCACAGCAUGAGGCUGUUUUAGCCCAGACACACACCAAUGUCCACAUACAAGCUAUAGAGAGAUUAACAAGGGAACGAGAUGAAUUAAUGUCUGUACUGUCUUCACUGAGGAGUGAUCUUAAUGAAGUUCAGCAGCGAGAAUUAAAUGCUUUCCAACAGGUUAAACAAGCAGUGGAGAUGGCAGAGGAAGCCAACCUAGAAAAAACAAAGGCAAUGUUUCAGUGUGAACAGCUAAGAAAUGAAAUAGCAAGGCAAAGGGAACGUCUCGAUAAGGAACUCGCUGUUGAACAAGAGAAGAUUGCCAGAGCACGAGAUGAGGUUAAAGAAGAAAUGCAAAAAGAUAAACAAACAUUAAAAGCAACAGCAAUGCACUUGUCUGAAAAGGUGGCCAGUCUUGAAAGUCAGAUUGAAAGGUUGACACGAGAAAAGGACUCCUUGGCCAGUCAACUAGAGGAUGCCCAAAAACACUGCAUUUCUCAACAGGAUGAUGCAAUAAAGGUAUGCAGCGAGUUGAGGCAUCAAGUGAACCAACUUCAAAUGCAAAGAGAUGAAGCAGAGAAAAACCUACGUGAAUGUAGAAGCCAAAACACAAGGGAUCUUGAACUUCGAGAUCAGGAAAUUGAAAAGCUGAGUCUGGAGAUCAGCAAAAUCAAGAAGCGCCUGGAUUCUGCCCAGCAGGAUGCAGCCCAAGCCAAAAAUGAAUCCCUGAGAUUGACAGAGCUGCUGGGCAGAGCGGAGCACCAACUGCACCUCACCAGGCUAGAGAAGGAAACUGCUCUUCGAUGCCGUAGUGAUGACGUCAAGGCCUUGACCUUCCAAGCCCAGCUUUGCGAGCAAGAGCUGACACAGAAGAUACAGCAAAUGGAGGCCCAGCAUGACAAAAACGUUCAAGAAUUUGGAGUUAUGCUAAAAUCUCAAAAUGAACUAAUAGGAAAACUGAAGACAGAAUGUCAAAAUCUUGAAUCCACACUGGAACGUAUAACAGAAAAAAACAGGUUAGAAAUUGAUAAGCUUUCACAGGAAAGCAAAAAUCUUAAAGCGGCUCUUGGGAGAUGCCAGAAGGACAAAGACGAAAUGGAAGAGCAGUGUAUUCAGCAUGGAAAAAUGCACGAAAGAAUGAAGAAAAGGCUGCUCCAGCUUGAUAAGCAUUGCAAUUCAAGUUCUCAGCAUGUGAUGGAACUCCUGAAAAAGCAGAAUGAGCUUCUCAGAGAAAGGAAUGCCCUUGUCGAGGAGAUGCAACACAUGAAGACACAGGUACUGACAUUCCCCGAACUGGAAUGCUAAUGACAGCAUUCAGACUGUACUUUUCCAGACUGGAUUCAGAUCUUCAGAACACUUGGGAUGUGCAGACGUCUCAGUGCCCAACUCUGGCUGAGUGUGAGGUUAAUGAAGAAACUGUUGAUGUGAAAUACAGAGUACACAAUCAGUCCAUUUAAUACUAAUCUGCUCAUGAUUUGAUUUUAAGAGUUUACUCAUCUCCUGGAGCCAUUUGUAUUAUCAGUAUGUAAUCAUCGUGCACAUUUUAGCCAGAUGAUGUAAAACUGAGGAUAUUUCCCAACUUUUCUAUUGAUUUCUAAAUUAUUGCCAUUUUGAGAAUAAACAUUUUUUUCAAUGAAAAAAGUCAA